UCAUCAAAGUUGUGUCACCGGUGCGAGGAGGAAGGAUAAGGAACUCCCGAUAACAGAAUCUCAACUCUAAACUGGAAUAAACCUCGUUUGUCCUCAAGUUAUUAGUGAACAUUUCGCUUAACAAAAAGUGAAGUAAUCAACGGCGGGCUUGUAGCCUAUUAAUCAUUGGACGAUACGUCUACGGAGAGUUUGUACGCUACCUUUUACAGCACCGAUGUCAGAUGCGCCAUCUCCAUGCGCGACAGGGUUGCAGUUUUCUGAAGGAGAGUUUUUUUUUGGGGGGGGGGCGACUUGGAGACAAUUAACUUCAUGAUGAGAGAACGAACCUGGGUUUAGGAUUCAAAGACAAGGUUGCAGCCACACCCCUCCCCCCUCUGUGUCCCAUUGGCUGCUGUUCCCCAGGGGGUGGGACUCAGUAUGGGUUAAGAGCUGUGAGGCCAGACUGAGAGGACAGUGAAGCCUGACACACUCCACCCGCCGCACAGAGGUCAUGGCGGGCCUGAGGAGGAAGCUGAAGUUUCUGGUGACGUUGAUGACGGUCAAUCUCUUCAUCUUCAUCCUAGUGUUCCACGGAGGAGGAGGAGGACAGGACAAGGGACACAACAAGGUCCUUGUCCCCUCCAAGCGCUUCUGGUCCAAACUGGCUCCUAGUCAGGCCUACUGGAACCGCCAGCAACAGAGACUGGACCUCCAACACAACCCCAUCCUCGCCUCCUCCAAUAGUAACAACACUAGCGAUGAUGAUGUCAGACCUGUCCCUGAUUGGCUCAACGACACGGGGCUGAACCCUGACCCGUGCCAACCGGAUUACAGAGUCACCACUCACGUGAAAGACUACAAUUCCCUACCUCCUCGUUUUAAAGACUUCCUGCUCUACAUGCGCUGUCGGUCGUACCCUCUAGUGGUGGACCAGCCUCACGUCUGCCAAAAGACCCGGAGAGGGGAGCCGCCCUUCCUCCUACUGGCCGUCAAAUCCCUCGCUCCUCACUUUGACCGCCGCCAGGCCAUCCGCCAGUCGUGGGGUCGAGCCGGCGUCCUCGCCAACCGGACGGUUGUCACGGUGUUCCUGCUCGGCAACACCACGGCCGUGGACCACCACCCAGAUCUGUCGGAGAUGCUGCGCUAUGAGAACGCUCACCACCGGGACAUCUUGCAGUGGGACUACCGGGACUCGUUCUUCAACCUGACCGUCAAGGAGGUGCUCUUCCUGGACUGGAUGACCACACGCUGUCCUGGAGCUCAGUUCGUCUUUAAAGGGGACGAUGACGUCUUUGUCAAUACGUUGAGGAUCCUGGCCUUCCUCAAGGGCCUCACGGGGCCCCGGGCAAGGGACCUGUUUGUAGGGGAUGUGAUCACCAACGCGGGGCCGAACAGGGAUAAAAAGGUGAAGUACUUCAUCCCAGAGAGUUUGUUCGUUGGCAAGUACCCGCCAUACGCAGGCGGAGGGGGGUAUCUGUACUCCGGGGACCUGGCCAGGCGGCUGCACGGAGCCUCGCAGCACGUACCUCUCUACCCCAUCGACGACGUCUACACAGGGAUGUGUCUGAGGAAACUGGGGCUGGGCCCGGAGAAGCAUAAAGGCUUCAAGACGUUUGACAUUGAGGAGAAGUACAGGAGGAACCCGUGUGCCUAUAAGGGUCUGAUGCUGGUACACAGCCGGACACCGCAGGAGAUGAUCCAGAUCUGGGCCUGGCUCAAUGACCCCAACUUGACCUGUCAGUAACUUCCCAGCCCGUCUCCAUUUUGACUUCAGAAACCGGGGACAACAGGUGUCGGUGGCCAUUUUGACUUCAGAAACCGGGGACAACAGGUGUCGGUGGCCAUUUUGACUUCAGAAACCGGGGACAACAGGUGUCGGUGGCCAUUUUGACUUCAGAAACCGGGGACAACAGGUGUCGGUGGCCAUUUUGGUUUGAGCUGUCAGUAACCAGGGAAGACGGGUGACUUAAACUGUCGGUAACUGCCUGGACCAGACACCACGACAGGCGGCCAUUUUGUUAUGCUGGUUGUUAUAGUAACUCUGUGAGAGGUCAGUGGCCACUGUUUUGUGACACUUGGUAGGGUUGUUAACAUUCUAA